UAUCAGAUAGGCGCGGCGCAUGCGCGUUGCGUUUCUUCCAGCGCUGUAGGAGCCGUUUCCGUUGCCCAGGGAGCGGCGCGGUGCCGCCAUGGCCGGGCUGCUGAAGAAGUCUACCGGGCUCGUCGGACUCGCCGUGGACAGCACCCCGCACGAGCAUCUGAGGAUACUCUAUACAAAACUUAUUGCUGUUCUGCAGAACAUCCCCAAAGAUGCAGCAUAUAGAAAAUACACAGAAGCAAUUAUAAAUGAACGAUUUAAUAUGGUAAAAGCAGAACCUGAUGUACAAAAACUGGAAAACAAAAUAAACAGUGGGCAGAUAGAAGAAGUCAUUUUGCAGGCUGAAAAUGAACUUAAUCUAGCAAGAAAGAUGGCACAGUGGAAACCAUGGGAGCCUUUAAUUGAAGAACCUCCUUCUGACCAGUGGAAGUGGCCAGUCUAAGAGUUAGCAUUCUCUGUAAAUUCUUGAGGAUUGAAAAACAUUUAAUUAAACAUUAGUCUGAUAUUACUGAAAAUUGUUUGUUUGCCUUUAAUUUAAAGGAAUUACUGUUAUAUAA